AGAAAGAAAACGCAUUUCUAUGUACUGAACGGAGAAAGAAGUUGAUCUCAGCGAUGGCAAGAACCAAGCAGACGGCUCGUAAAUCCACCGGUGGUAAAGCCCCGAGGAAGCAGCUCGCUACUAAAGCCGCCCGCAAGAGCGCCCCAGCCACCGGCGGCGUCAAGAAGCCCCACCGUUACAGGCCCGGGACCGUGGCUCUCCGAGAGAUCCGCCGUUAUCAGAAGUCCACCGAGCUGCUGAUCCGCAAACUGCCUUUCCAGCGUCUGGUGCGAGAGAUCGCUCAGGAUUUCAAGACGGACCUGCGCUUCCAGAGCUCCGCCGUCAUGGCCCUGCAGGAGGCCAGCGAGGCUUAUCUGGUCGGUCUGUUCGAGGACACCAACCUGUGCCUCAUCUUGAUCAUGUCUGGAAGAGGUAAAGGCGGUAAAGGACUCGGGAAAGGAGGCGCUAAGCGUCAUCGUAAAGUUCUGCGUGAUAACAUUCAGGGAAUCACCAAACCCGCCAUUCGUCGUCUGGCUCGCCGCGGCGGAGUCAAGCGCAUCUCCGGUCUGAUCUACGAGGAGACCCGCGGGGUGCUGAAGGUGUUCCUGGAGAACGUGAUCCGCGACGCCGUUACCUACACCGAGCACGCCAAGAGAAAGACCGUCACCGCUAUGGACGUUGUGUACGCGCUCAAACGACAGGGACGCACCUUGUACGGCUUCGGAGGAUAAACGUCUUCAAAUCA